CACACACUUUCGCCGUUGCCGGAACCCCCUUCCACGCUCCUCUAUCUGCCCUUCUAAUUUCUGUGCCUCGCAUUCUAUCUUCUACCAUUGGCUUGCGAGAAAUUCUGAGGUUGGCAUCGGCAACGCACAUCAUCAUCAUUGCGUUUCGGUUGAUUUGACAAGCAGCAACCAACAGUGCUGGCUAGUAGCUCAAGAUCACCACAACAAACAAUAGAGAAGAGAGGAGCAAAGUUGGCGGCGUUUUCCAGCUUGUUCUUGGCUUUGUGGUUGCCAAAGUCAUUUUCGCAAAAAGGCGACUGAGAAUCCUUCACGGCCACCGUCCUCGUGUCAAAAACACGACACGUGUGUAUCAUACCAUUCAUUCGCAUUGCCACUGGAAGCCAUCUUUCUGCUUGGUUUGGAUCUCCCUCUCCUCGAACAAAAGUCAGCCUCUUCCUCUCCUUUUGAUUCUCGCGUCAUCGAGGGAUUUUUCAGUACUCAGCCACUGUAUUUGAUUAAUAAAAAAGAACAAGAUGACGGUCAUGACCGAUCCAUUGACGGCUGCCGAAGAAGGAACAACGACAGCGAGACCACUGGACGAUCGAGAAAGCGAAUCAUUUUUGGCAUUUGGAGAUCCCUCUGGUCCCCUGUUUGAUUCUGCCAUGCUGAUGCAGAUUGGGAAUGACGAUGAUGACAUGGAUGGUUACAGUGCUCAGGAAGACGUUGUCGAGCAAGAAACAGCAACUAGCCAUCAACAACAACAAAACAACACUACUACUACUGGCAAUCAUCUAGUAGACACGCUGUUACUGCGACGACCGGAUCCACCAGAAGAUCCUGCCAAUGUCGAUUUAGAAUUGGGAAUGCCGUUGGCCGAUCUCGACAGCGACAAUGAAGAAACCGACCAGACAAACACGCUCGAUGACACCAACCACACGGCCAAUACAGACGCCAAUAAUAGCACAAACGACGACGACGAACAACAACCACCACGACGGCGCAUGACGUGUCGAGGAAUUACUUGGCAAUACACUCGCUUCAUUCUCCACAUUGUCCUCUUUCCAGUCUUGGUCAUUACGUCGGUCGCCAUUCCCGUUCUCAUUGUCAUGUUUUGCUUUGCACUCAUGUUUGUGGCACUGGUCGUCCUGCUCUGUGUAUACUACUGCUGUUCUCCACGACGCGGCGAUCAAGCGGCCGUGCCCUUUCAUGUACUCAUUCGACAAAUCCUCGAAGCCGUCGAAGACGAAACCAAUGGACUCGGAGACAAUGCCAAUGAUUCGCCCAAACUGUCGCGGGUAGAAAUCCAAAAUACACUGGUCCGAAGAAAACUGGUGCACUUUGAAUGUAUCGACGAAGACAAUCAGAUUGUACCGGAUCAACUACAAAUGGAUGAAACCACCAGAGAAGAACGCAUGCAUCAGGACAUGUUCCCGGUUAUUGUCAAUUCCGCAACCGAUCCGUUGUCGACACAAACAACUUGUGCUCCGGACGAGGAUGCCAAUGCUUUGAAAAACAAGAGCGAUACCGACAAACCGGCUGGGAAUGGAGGGUUCCUGCGACGGUUCAGUAGUUCCAAGAGAAGACGAAACAAGAAGAAAAAUGUCGAUGUCAUUGACCACAACAAUACUUACGAACUACGAUUGUCGCAACAGAAACUUGUCUUCCAAACGGACCCCGCCGUCAAUCAUUCCAAACAUUUCCUGCUCAAGCGCACAUUUGUCUUUUCACCGCCUCUGGAACCACAAAAGAUUGACAACAACAAUAAUAACAAUAGCAACAAUCGAUCCGACCACAACAAUGACGCCAACAACAAUAAUCGUGCUGGUACCGGUACGGACAACAACAACAAUACAAAUAUUAAUAUCAACAACAGGCCGCAAGAAACGACAAACAGUUUCAACUUGGCGGCUGCCAUGAUGGACGAUUCGUCGUCCUCUGGAUUCUUCCCCGUCAUGCCAUCCUCCAUGUCCUCGUCUUCCUCUUCUUCUUCCUCGUCCGAAGAAUCGGAGGAGGACGAAGAGCAAAAUGCCGCGGCGGCAGCAAGUUCAUCGGAUGAAUCCUUCCUGCUGGAUGAUGGGAGUGACACCAAUAAUAACAACAACAACAAUGCCAACAACGAUAGCGAAAACGACAACCAGGACGAGCCUUCGAGUGGUGUGGAUCCUCCUGUCAAUCCUCCACCGAUGGAUGCAUUUCCGCAAAGACCAUUGUCUGCACCACCAGACAAUGUUAUUGCAGAUGUUCUGGACAAUGGCAUUGCGGAUGUUGCGGCCGAUAAUAAUGAUGACGAGCUGGAAGUGAAUGUAAAUGCUGUGUUGGGACUUGUCGGGGACAAUAACAACAACGACGACGACGACAAUGCUGUCGCCGUUGAUGAUGCAACUCCCACUGCGGAACUAUCCACGGGAAAAGACGAGGAGGAUGCGCCUCUUGUUAAAGCACCGGAGCAAGCGAAUUCAACGACCGAAACUGCAGCAACGGCUCGAGUCCAGUUUCACGAAUUAAUUGAUUUGGUGGAGGUCAACGGCGCCACCGAGCAGAGGAGCCAACAAAAAGACGAGGCUGAAAAGCAAGUAGACCCACCACCAGAGACACGGCAAGUGGAGAUGGCUAUCGAAACUGCUGACGAAACCGAGCCUCCGGCUGAAACUGUCGUUACGACCAACAACAAAGUGUUGGAAGACGACGAAGACAAAUCACUUGAAAAGUCAGAGGAUCCACAAGAUUUCCCACCCGUGGUGGAAGAGGCCAAGACGGAAAUCUCCGAAGAAAGCCUCAUUGAUACUGUGCCCCAGCCUCCAAUGGAAAGCGAAGACGAUGUUGCAACAGACGCCCCCGCUGCUAAAGAUGCUGUUGAUGCCGGUACAGACGAUCCCACCAGUCCACCAAAUCCUACUACUAAUACUGCAGCUACAACGACACAACAACCCGAGCACAGAGGGAUAUCAUCCUACUGUAACAUUUGCUUGCUGGAGUAUGAGGUUGGUGACAUUGUCGUUUGGAGCCGUCGGCCGCAUGGAUGUCAUCAUGCAUGGCAUGAAGACUGCCUAAUUGACUGGUUACAGAGAAAACCAACAUGUCCAUCCUGCAGACAAGAGUUCAUCAACACAGAGGAUGCACAAAAGCCACCAGAUACACCGGCUGACGAGGACAACAAUUCCACGAAUGAAGAGAAUCACACAAUUACACCAGAGUCAGCUCAUGCCAUACCUGCAGCAGAAUCGGGCAUGAGCAGCACCUUUCUCUGGUAGAUACUUAUUCAUUGCAAGAAGGACACUGAACCUCCAGCUCCCACUUCCAUCCAACCUGAUGCCAGCUACCGUCGCCUACUGGACGAACCAGAUUUUCCAGAUUUAACUUAGCUUACUAGGAGCUUUAUUAAUUAUCCAACCAUAUUUUGCC